AUGAGCCUCUUGGGGGCGGGCUACGACAGUGGAGACGAGAGUGGUGAAGAAGGACAACAGGCUCCGGAUGCUCUCGUCAGUGACGCAUCUCCUACCUCUGCGGCUGCCGAUGCUCUCGUCAGUGACGCAUCCCCUACCUCUGGAGAUGGUGGCGACCCAUCAGAUUUGGCCCUGCUCAAGAAGCGGAAGAUCGACUACUCAAAGCUUCCAACUUCCAGGCCGCUGAAUCUGGAGACGCCCAAAGUCGCGGAAGAGGUUGAAGCACCGCUGAAAAAAGCAGCACAGCUAGCGGCCAACCCAGUGGGGCAAAGCCUGCUGGCCGCACUGCCACCGCCCAAGGUCACUUUGGGCAAAGAAACUUCAUCCAACUCCAUCAGACUUGAUCUCUCUGACGUGAUCAAACCUCCAAGGGAGAAGAGCAAAGUGCCUGUUGAGGGACUACUGCGCCCGGACAACUUUGCUGACCCAGACGAGGAGGCAGCAGAGGUACCUGCCAACGUCUUGAACCAUCCAAUGUUUUCCACACAUGCGGUUCAACCUGAUGGUCCAUCAGCGGAAGACCUUGUGGAGUUGCGCAAGCCUCGACAGUUUGUUGAGGUCAAUGCAGAAGACAUGAAGGAUCCGGACUGGUACCUGAACAAUCAGAUCUCUGGAGGCCCAGGAUACCUCACCAAGAAGCGCGUCUCUGACGAUAUCUCCAUGUACGAUGGCCAAGGCUGGAAGCAGACGACACAUGCCAACCCCAGCCGCGUUCAAAAGCGCAAGCACCAAAUCAAUUGGCUCGCCACAGAGGCCAUGGAGAAGGAAGCCGAAAUGUUGGAACGCGGCUCUCAAAAGAUCAUGUCCAAGGUAUUUCAAGCAAGUCCAAUCCUAUCGUCAUUUGUCGCCCAGACCGAUGUCACAGCCUUGGCAGUGGCUCCACCAUCCCCUCGAAAACAGCUUCCAGCCGGGGCCAUGGUGGUGAUGGGUCCAGUUGCGUUAUGGAAAUUCCAUGAAAUUCCAUUGGAUUUGGUUUGGGAGAGCUUGCAGUCAUUGCACUGGAGCAUCCCUCGACUACCAGUCGUCAUCAACCCGGUGUCUCGCAAGUCCAGGGGCAUGCUUCAUGCAGCGCAUGACGAUGCACUUCCAACCGCAGCAGCAGGCAUGCAUCGUUGGUCUUCGCAUUUGCAUCCCUUCGGCCUAGUCAUUGGUAGUCUCCUGCGAGAACAGCAAUCUCAGCUGUUGCGACAUGGAUCCGAGGCCAUUGCAUUUGGGCCAAUGGCCCAUGACACCGGCAGCAGCACCGGUUUGAACAGCCCUUGCUGUUCUGCAGCUUGCUGCAACAAGUGCCCUCCCUUGCUAAGCUAUUGUGCUCGUUCCUUGAGUGAUAGCAUGAUUUGCAAAGCAUUGUUGUGGUAUGUCAUGGUGAAAUGCUGA